CGCACACGCACACACAACUAGCACAAUAAUCUUAACUGGUGUCCGCAUAAAAAAAUACAAAUAAUCCUUUUCAAAAUCGUCAGUUUAAGCUAGAGAUAUAUUUUUUGCAUGGGCUGCAACUCAAUCCACCACAUCCUCCGAUGCCGGCCUUCCACAUCAGAGGGGGAAAGUGGCAGAGCUACAGAGAUGUUUGUCUGAUCUGGAGAUAUCCCGAGAAUCGGUCUCCUCGUGAAAACAUCUGUAGCGUCCGAACAGUUUGGGCUUCACACUUUUAUGACCCCACCAUCGUAAGGGCCAUUAUGUUUGUUCAGAACAACCAGUCUUGUACAGUGAGGAAAGACAACCAUUGGUUCCCAGUAGGCAGUACACUGACGAGGCCUGAUCAGCCAACCACAAGCAAAUAUCAAUAAAAUGCUCAGGAAGUGUGGGACAAGAACCUGUCACCUGGUGAUUUUCAUAUGUUGGUGUCUCAUUUCAAAAUCUUCACAUGCACCAUCAAUUUAAAUGCAAAUGCACCUCCGGAGUCAUGCUGACAGCAACUGCACACCUGUGAUGAGACCUGUAGUCUGGCACAGGACAGCCUGACCCCAGGUAUUCAGUUCACCACUCAUCACAAUGCAGGAGACACAGGAGGUGCAGACAGACUGAUAGAACAGUUCUCCCCAUUGACUCGCUGGGCUGUGAAAGUACCCAUACAGCAUGGCAGUGCCAUUGAGACUGCUGAUUCUAUGCUGGCUGUUUGGAGCAGGGUGUAGUCAGAGCUCUCCACCAUGGUUCCAGAACAUCACUACAACUCUGUUCAACUCCUCGGGAGACAUCCUCCUCGGGGGGCUCUUCCCCAUCAAUGAUCUCACCAGCAACUUGAGCCAGAGAGUAGAGCCGGACAGCAUUAGCUGUGACAGUAUUAAUACAUUUGGUUUGGGUAUGGCCCUGGUGAUGAAGUAUGCAGUGGAUGAGAUCAACGCCAACUCCACCCUACUCCCUGGCAUCAGGCUGGGCUAUGAGAUUUUCGACACCUGCAAGCAGUCUGCCGUCAUCGUGAAGCCCACCCUCUUCUUCCUCACAGAGGGCUCCAGCCGGGAGCUGGCCAUCAUGUGUAACUACACGGACUACGUGACCCGUGUGGUGGCUGUCAUCGGCCCUUCCACCUCAGAGAUGGUCUCAGUCAUAGGAAAACUACUGGGAUUCUUCCUCAUGCCACAGAUCAGCUACAGUGCCACCAGUGACAAGUUCAGUGACAAGAGUCUGUACCCAUCGUUCCUGCGCACAGUGCCCAGUGACAAGAGGCAGGUGGAGGCCAUGGUGCGUCUGAUGAACAGGUUCCAGUGGAACUGGGUAGCUGUCGUGGGCAGUGAGGAUGAGUAUGGACGUCAGGGCCAGCGCCAGUUUUCUACCCUGGCAGCAGAGAGCUCCAUCUGUGUGGCGUACGAGGGGUUAAUCCCCAUCUAUAGAGACCCACAGCCUGUGGUCAGAGAGAUGCUGGACCGCAUCAUAGAGAGCAAAGUGGGUGUGGUGGUGGUGUUCUCUCUCUCCCAGCCCGCCAGAGCCUUCUUUACUGAGGUGAUCAGGAGGAAUCUGACAGGGGUCUGGGUGGCCAGCGAUGCGUGGGCCCUGAACAGUGACUUGUCAACUCUCCCAAACAUCCACACUGUGGGCACUAUCAUUGCCUUCACAGUCCACAGCCAGAUCCUGGGCCUGCUCACACCCUACACCAGGGAACUCUUCUCCAGGAUCAGAGAGGAGAGGGCCAGGCAGCCCUCACCAGGUCCAGAUACAGAGCCAACCCAUAGUAUGAACCCAUGCCCAGACUGCUGGAACCUGUCCCUAGACAACAUAAGUCUAGUGACAAAGCCCAUACUGCAGAGGUCAGCUUUCAGCAUCUAUGCUGCCAUCUACAGUGUUGCACACGCACUGCACACCAUGCUCAGGUGCAAUGCUAAGAGCUGCCUGAGGGACACUAAAAGCAAACUCUACCCCUGGCAGCUGUUGGAGGUGCUCAAGGAGGUUAACUUCAGUCUAAAUGGAAGUCAUUUUGAGUUUGACAGUAAUGGAAACCCAAACAUUGGCUACAACGUACUACAGUGGGUCUGGGAAAACAACAGUCUGAGUUUUAAAGAUGUCGGCACCUUCUAUGAGAACCUGUCAAUCAAUAACACCCUCAUCCAAUGGCAUACAGUAUGUGCUAAGGCCCCUGAGUCUACCUGUUCCUCUGAGUGUGGCCCUGGCCAGGUGCGCAGAGUGAAAGGCUUCCAUUCCUGCUGCUUUGACUGUAUUGACUGUUUACCGGGCACCUUCCAGAAUGGCAGAAUGGACAUCCAGUGUACCCAGUGUCUAGAGGGCCAGUGGUCCCUGGUACGUAGCACCAACUGCACCGAGCCUACCUUUGACUUCCUAACCUGGGGCCAGCCUGAGUCCUUGGGGCUGUUGCUGGCCAUGCUGGUGCUGCUGGCCUGUCAAGGGGCUGUGGGGGUCCUGUUCCUGCAGCACCGCGGUUCUCCACUGGUGAGGGCCUCUGGGGGGCCCCUGGGUGGUGUGUCCCUACUCAGCAUGAUGGGGGGCUGUGCCUGCCUGCUGCUGUUCCUGGUCCGGCCAGGGGACAUGGUGUGUCGUCUGCAGCUUCCCCUCAGCUCCAUCUUCCACACGGUCACCUUGUCCACCAUCUUAGCCUUCUCACUGCAGAUUGUGUAUGUGACCGAGUUCCCUGAGAAGGCUCUGUCUCAUCUGGAUACACUGAGAGGCCCUGGAGGCUGGCUGCUGGUACUCGCCUGCUGUGGUGUUCAGGCAGGGAUCUGUGGCUAUUAUGUCCAGGAGGGGCCCUCUUUAUCCCGGUACCUGGCCAAGAUAAAGGUGACCUUUGUGAGAAAGUUCCUACGAUGCCCUGUGGAGCCCAUCUUAUGUCUUGGCCUGAUGCAGGGCUUCAAUGGCCUCCUCGCCCUCAUAUCCUUCAUGUGCACCUUCAUGGCUGUGAAGCCCAUUCGACAAUACAACCUGGCCAGAGAUAUCACCUUCUCCACCCUGACCUACUGUGUGGUUUGGGUGGUCUUCAUCCCCAUCUACACUGGUCUGAAUGACAAGGAACGCUCCAUUGUCCAUGUAUCUGUCAGUUUGCUCAGUAACAUGGGGCUGAUGGCAGCCUACUAUCUGCCAAAAUGUCACCUGUUGCUGAAGAAACCUGAGCUCAACACAGCAGAGCAUUUCCGUACCUUCCUCGAGGGAGCUCCAGGAACUCAAAAGGAACAGGACCAGGAACCUGCAGGGGAGGGACAUGUAUCAGGGGAGGGACAGCUCCCCGCAUUGGACGGGCUAGAGUGGGCAUCCAGCCAGGAUGGAUGGUGCCGGCUCAUCGCUCCUGGCCUCCAGUGCGUCUCUUCGGCCCAGGGUAUCCUGCGCCGGCUCUGUGCACUGUGUCUCAGUGUAUCCGGUGCCUGCUCCACGCACCAGGCUUUCAGUGCAUCUCCCCAGUCCGGUGAGACCUGUUCCGAUUCCAUGUACCAGGCCUCCAGCAUGACUCCCCAGCCUGGUAAGCCCUGUGGCAGCUCCACGCACCAGGCUUCCACCUUCAGUGAUGAUCCAUGGCCCGGAGCUUGCAGUGAGGAUCCAUGGCACGAAGCAUCCAGCGUAGAUCCUCUGUCCGGAGCCUCUGGCGACGUUCCCCAGUCCGGGGCCUGCGUAGAUGGUCCCCAAUCCGGGGCCUGCGGCGACGGUCCCCAGUCCGGGGCCUGCGGCGACGGUCCCCAGUCCGGGGCCUGCGGCGACGGUCCCCAAAUGCCCUUCCCUGUAGUGUCAGUGGGGGGGGGGAUGCUGGGGGCCGAGGGGCCCGGGUCGGGGGCUUAG